ACGCGGCAAUCAGCUGAUGUGUUCCAGCCGCCCGUAUUUAAGCCCCACGCGGGCUCGUCCGCGCGCUGUCUCCGACCCGGCGCUCCAUCAUGCCUCCGCUGGAGAAGAUCCCUCCGCAGAGCAAACCUUUCAAACAGAGGAAGAGCUUUGCCACGCGGAAACAAGAGGUGGCGGGAAUUAAAUCCAAAUUUCCGAACAAGAUCCCGGUCAUCAUCGAGCGCUACGACAAGGAGAGGUUCCUGCCCCCCCUUGAUAAGACUAAGUUUCUGGUGCCGCACGAGCUCACCAUGACGCAGUUCGUCACCAUCAUCAGGAACCGGAUGGCGCUGCUGCCCAGCCAGGCCUUCUACCUGCUCAUCAACAGCAGCGGGCUGCCCAGCAUGUCCCUCACCAUGGCCCAGGUCUACAAGGACCACCAGGACGAGGACGGCUUCCUCUACAUGACCUACGCCUCGCAGGAGAUGUUCGGACGCUGACGCCGCCGCCGCACUUUUACGGACUUCCGCUGUGAAUCUGCUGUAAAUAGAAAAUAUUUUUAUAAACUGACGUUUCUGUGGACUUUUAAAGAUGAAGCAAUAAAUGUUGAGCAGUGA